CAGUCUCUCUCUGUCUCUCUCUCUGAGCAGGUGCAGCAGUUGUAGCAGUUGUCCUCUCUCUGUAUCACUGUACCUUCUUUUAUUUUCCAAAAUGAACUGCGCUUUUGAUAAUCUAGAUGCAGCUGGUUUUCUACAGAUCUGGCAACACUUUGAUGCUGACGAUAAUGGCUACAUUGAAGGGACAGAGCUGGAUGACUUCUUCCGGCACAUGCUGAAAAAAUUUGGGCCAGAGGAUAAAAUAACAGAGGAGAGGGUGCAAGAGAUAAAGAAGAGCUUUAUGUCUGCAUAUGACCUGACAGCUGAUGGACGCUUGCAGAUCCAGGAGCUAGCCAAUAUGAUCCUGCCGGAGGAUGAGAACUUCCUCCUUAUUUUCCGCAGAGAGGCGCCGCUAGAUAACAGUGUGGAUUUUAUGAAGAUCUGGAGGAAAUAUGACGCUGACAGCAGUGGUUACAUAUCAGCUGUGGAGCUAAAGGGUUUCUUGAAGGACCUGUUUUUUCAGCACAAAAAGAAUAUUCCCUCCAGCAAGCUUGAUGAAUACACAGAUACUAUGAUGAACAUUUUUGACAAAAACAAAGAUGGCAGAUUGGAUCUGAAUGACCUGGCAAGGAUCUUGGCCCUUCAGGAGAACUUCAUGUUGCAGUUCAAAAUGGACGCCAGCAGUCAAGGGGAGAGAAAGAGAGACUUUGAGAAGAUAUUUUCCCACUAUGAUGUUAGUAAGACUGGAGCUCUUGAAGGACCAGAGGUAGAUGGCUUUGUCAAAGACAUGAUGGAACUUGUCAAGCCCAGCAUCAGUGGAGUAGAUCUGGACAAAUUUCGUGAAGUCCUGCUGCGUCACUGUGAUGUUAAUCAAGAUGGAAAGAUCCAGAAGAGUGAACUGGCCUUGUGUCUGGGGCUAAAGCUGCAGCUGAAACAAUAGUCUACAUAGGGCACACUAAACCUCUCCCAUGACUUUUACUACAAAUGACUACAUUUUCAAAACUGUAAGCAAGAUUACUGUGUCUGUUUCCAUUAUGUUGUUGUGAAAACAGUUAUUUAAGGUGAUGUAAUACUUUAGAAUUAUCUGCACGUAAAAGGAAUUUAAACUUGUUUUAUGUUUAAAGAAUUAAAGCAUAGAAACAAACGUCUGCUUGGUUACUUGUCAUGAAUUUUCCUCAGACAUACAGUUAUUCAAAUGGAGCUGUUGUAUUGGAAUCGUUUACUUCAUGGUUCAUUUGUAAUAAACCCUUUUGUCUUCA